AUGGAGGGGUUGGUGCCGGCAUCGGGAGCCUUCGAUGCAGACAAGUUUGAAGACGAGCAUGUCCAUGGGGUCUAUGACGCCAUAGCCCGGCACUUCAGCCAUACCCGAUACAAGCCGUGGCCGCGCGUUGCAAGCUUCCUUCAGUCUCUUGAGGAUGGAGCGCUGGUGGCGGACGUGGGAUGCGGCAACGGGAAGUACCUUCAGGUCAACCCCAAGGUUCUGAUGAUGGGAUCAGAUAGGAGCAGGGGACUAGUGGAGUGCUGCCAGGGCAUGGGGCAUGACGUGUGCCUGGCGGACAACUUGAUGCUGCCGUAUCGCAGCGACUCGUUCGAUGCCGCCAUCUCCAUCGCCGUCAUCCACCACCUCUCCACUGAAGAGAGACGGGCCGCGGCCGUCCGUGAGAUCCUCCGCAUCCUGAAACGAGGGGGCCAGGCGCUGAUCUACAACUGGGCGAUGGAGCAGCAGGGGAGACGGAAAGGGUUCACACAGCAGGACAACUUCAUACCAUGGCAGCUGCAGGAUAAGUUUGCUGGUGGGACUGGCCAGCUCGUGAUGGUCUACAACAGGUAUUAUCAUCUUUUCGUGGAAGGAGAAUCGGAGAAACUCAUGGAGCUGGCGGGUGGGAACGAGAUCGUCGAUUCAUUCUACGAUCAUGAGAAUUGGUGUGUGGUGAUCAGAAAACUUUGA